AUGGCACAAGGCUGUUCAGUUGGGCUUUUCGAUGGUGAGGUACGAUGUUUUGAUCGACCUAUCACAUUGCGCGGUCGAGGUGGUCACUUUCAAUUAGACGGCCAUUACUGCUUAUGUAACGGUGAUUUAUGCAAUCAAAAUUCGAAAAUUUGGAUUGAACAUGGUCCAAAGAAAUUUUAUGCACAAAGGCGAAAAGGCGGUAAUUAA